AUGCUGUGGAUGCUGGCAGGCUACGGGGUGCCACUGGGAGUUCAGGAAGCCAAUGUCAGUCUUUUGGGUGGAACCAUCGCUUGGGAUACCGGCAUGGCUGGCAUCUUGGACAACUUCACAUUUGUUUCUUCUGUGAUUUGGGGGAAGUUUCCUGCAAAGAGCUGCCGUGAUGUGAUGGGAGGACAGUAUCGAAUCUGUUGGUGUGGUCAAGAUGUCCAGUGCUCCUCAGCAGAAGAUUUUACCGUGGAUGCUGGGAAUUUGUUUAUCGUUGGCCCGGCCCCCCUUCAACAGCAUCGAACUUGCAUUGCGGGCUUAAGCUGCUCGGUGGAUGGCAUCACCGGCUUUGGUCUGGAUUCAGAAGAUACUUACCUGCUGCGGGACAGUUGCCAAGCCUUAACUGCACCUCCCGAUGGGCUCCCAGAUGCUGGUCUUGCAACGCUUGCAACUCUUGCAACCAUGUCGGCAGUUGACGGAUCAUCAAGCGGCACCGUCCAAUGGGGGGCUGCUGACCGGCAAUUGACGGCGCAGGGCGGAGUUUAUGCCCUGUGUUGGUGCGCUGCUCUUCCAGAGGCAGCAUCCAAUAGAUCCAACAAAUCAGCGUGUUCCCAGACGGCUUCUUUUGUGCAGUUUGGGUCCUUGACGUUAGUCGGGCCCAAGCCCCGAGAUCAGUCCAGAACAUGCUACAGUGGGCACCGCUGCGUCCUGAGCGGACUUACUGGCUUGCAGCUGCCGGACACAAGUCAGGUGAGGAUCCAGGACAGCUGCGGAGAGAAGAACCGCAUCCAGGGAUGGCCCGAUGACUUUCAGUUGCUGCUGCCGUCAGCUAACACUAGCACCAAAAGCAUGUCUGUGAGCUGGGGCGCAGUCUCGGCCGCAGGGGCAACGUACCGGCUCUGCUGGUGUUUCGACCAUGCUUGUGACUCUGUGGGCGCAUGGAUUGACUUCGGCACGUUGCACUUGGUUGGCCCACAGCCCUUACUGCAGCAUCGGACCUGCGUAACAGGCCAGCUUUGCAGUUUAGACGGGCUAACAGCCUAUGGCUUUCCAGCUUCGAGCCAUUCGAACCACGUGAUGAUUCUGGAAACCUGUGGAACUAAUUCAACCGGAUGGCGAGCCAGUGAUGCAGUCCAGGUGCUGGUAAACGAUAGCAAUGCAUCAUUUCAAUUGACGCAGCCAGGAGGCACCUACCGUAUGUGUUGGUGCUCCCAAGCAGACCAUCUCUUGCUAUCAAAUGCCAGCUCGGGCGUUUGCAGCUUGAGCAGUGAUUUCCAUGUUGACAUGGGUGCACUGCUGGUGAUGGGUGUGGCACCGCUUUCACAGCAUCGUACAUGCAUAUCAGGAGUGACAUGCUCGUUCCAUGUGGAUGGGCUCUGGCUUGGCACGGGGGAUGUAGUGUCUGUGUUCGACACCUGUGGAUUAGGAGCUUCCAAGUUUUCUGCCGGCUUGACUGCUUUGUGGGAUAACAGUGGUAACAGCACAGGCAACUCAGGCAACAGGAGCAACAGGAGCAAGGACAGUGAGGCCGUCUCUGGAGCUAUCCUACGUCACGGCCCCACCAUCGGCCUGAGUGGUGGCCUGUACCGCUUAUGCUGGUGUCAGGGCUCUGCGCUCGAUUGCAUUGGCGGAUGGGAUUUCAGUGCAGAUUUUGGCUCGCUGACAGUAAUCGGGCCGACUCCGAAGCAGAUGAGAACCUGUGUGGCUGGUCAGACCUGCGUUUUUGAUGGCAUCAGAGGCCAGGACUUAAGUCCGGCGGCCAGCUUUGCCGUCUUGGACACUUGCGGCACAAGCAGCAGUGCUCCGUUUAUGCCUAACGUGCUCGUUCACGAUGGGGACGCUGUCCCACUGAGCAGCUUUACAAUGCACCAGUUCGCAAGGGCGCCAGCCACCGGCGGGCAGUAUAGUCUGUGCUGGUGCCCACGACCAGACCCUGAAAACGCAUCCAUGUCCAACUUCAGCCAGUCCCAGCCAUGCUUGCUCGAAGACCACACUGUGUCUGCAGGCACCCUUCAUGUGAUUGGGCCUUCUCCGUUGCAAGCGAGUCGUACGUGUAUCAGCGGGAAAGCUUGCUCAAUUCGUGGCUUGACAGGCGCCGGGGCUUAUCACUUGACGCCUGGGGAUCAACUUCUCUUGCUUGACACGUGCGGAGCUGUGGACAGCUUGCUUACGCGAGCUGUGAGACAGCCCAUGUCCGCCCAGAUGGCCCUGGUUUUCAGCAGUGGUGUGAUCUUCUCGUGGCCGGACACGGCAGUAAACGGCACGAACUCAACACUGACCACGCCAUCAACUGCUGGUGGGACCUAUCGCAUGUGUUGGUGUGCUGCUGGCUUUGCAUGCAGCGCAGCUGACCAAUUUCGCGUUGACGUGGGGGAGUUGUUGAUCCUCGGUCCUACACCUCUUGCACAAGACCGGACAUGUAUCAGUGGGCGCCGUUGCAACAUAGAGGGUCUGCAGAUGUAUCCACCGACGAGCCAGAGCAACUCUUCUCAGCUGAACACAUCGCUCGUCCCCAUCAUGGUGCUGGACACUUGUGGGAAAAUCUCCUUGCCAGCAAGGCUAGCACCAGCAUCCAGUUUCAUGGACGGAGGCAACCUUCUUCUAAGUGAGCAUGUCAGCUCCGCCGGCGGCAUUUACCGGCUUUGCUGGUGUGGCCUGCCGCCAUGCGAGAAAGCAAGUGAUUUUGAAGUUGAUGCUGGACAGCUGUUGCUUUUGGGCCCGAGUCCGCUACAGCAGCAGAUGACUUGUGUCAGUGGCCAGAGCUGCACCUUACACUUCAGCUCCUCCUCUAUGACGGCAAUUGAGAUGUCGACGCAAGCUAGUGCCUACAUUUAUCACGUCUGCCCCCCGACAGCACAGGUGACGCCCACUGCAGUUGCAGGAGCUGAGACUAUCAUGCGCCAAUCCGUCCCUGCAGUUCUUACAGCUGCGGGCGGUCUAUAUCGGAUGUGCUGGUGUAGCGCGAUGGAUGGAAAUGCGUGUGCUCCAAGCGAGCACACCGUGGAUGUGGGGCAGUUGAUGUUGAUUGGACCAUUGCACUCGCAGACUCGGACAUGUGUUGGGGGCCUGGCCUGCCAAUUCCAUGACUUUGAUGGACUCUUCCUGCAGCCUCAGGACAAAAUGAUGCUACUGGACACUUGUGGCCAGACCUCAUACCUGAAUGAAGCAGCUUUCCUUCAACCUCCAGGUGCCCAGCUGAACGACACAAACACUUCUGCACCCGCUAUCUCGGCCAUGUCCUCCUUGUUGCACAUCACAGGAAGAGGUGGUGAGUACCGACUUUGCUGGUGUUCGUCCAUCUUUGCCUGCAUCCUGCCGGAGCACUUCAAGGUUGAUCUUGGCCAGCUGUACUUGUUGGCGCCCUCCUCGGCAGGAAUGACCUGCACGAGUGGACAGCUUUGUCAGCUUGAGGAGGUCUUCCUCGGCUCCGAAAGCGAUUCAAUCUUGAUUUUGGAGACGUGCGGUCGGGCCAGUGCUGUUGAAGGCAUUGGCGACUCUGUCUGGAGCAGCACCAGUUCGAACAUGCUAAUCUCCAGCGCCGGUGGCAUGUAUCGAAUCUGUUGGUGUGCUGGUGGAAAUGGUGGAAACUUAUCCUCGCCAGCCUCCUGCUCCCUUCCAGACUCCUUUGCCACAGACCUUGGGUUCUUGAUGGUGAUUGGGCCAUCUCCAUUGGAGCAGUCCCGGACUUGCAUUGCUGGCCAGGCCUGCAGGCUCAGCCCUCUGCAUGGCCACUUCUCCGCUGAAAAUUCUGGCAGCUUUGGGAUCCUUGCAAUCCUUGAGACCUGCGCAGUGGCGACCAGCCCAGGGCUGCUGGCACUGAGCCCACAAAGCCGCAACGACUCCCAGUCCAUUCCCGGCCUACGUAGCUCUCUGAGCUUUUUCGCCCAAGAUGCGCUGUCGGAGAAUGUUUCGCAGCUGCAGUGGCUCGACGAAGGCGGUCUUUUCAGACUCUGCUGGUGCUUUGCGCAGGGCCCACAAGCCUGCAGCAAGUUUGAGGAUUUCCGUACGGAUGUUGGUGGCCUCAUGGUGGUUGGUCCAAGUCCCCUGCUCCAGGAUCGAACUUGCGUAAGCGGGCGAUCUUGUGCGCUUGAGGGCAUGACAGGAGCUGGCCUCUCGUCUGCAUACUAUGUCUCCCAACUGCGGAUCUACCAGGAUGGCGCGACAUCAUAUGACAUUCGAGUCUGGGAACUGUACCACUCAGAGUCUCCGAGCGGUCCCUGGACAAAGGCCUUCAAUGGAGCUGCUGCACCAGGUGUGGGCGAGCAAGAGUUUGGUGGCUGGUCGCCCUCAGCAAGCCCCUACUGGCGCUUGGUUGUGUUGCAGACCUACUCGGGCCAGGAGCCCCGAUUGCGCGAAGUCCAAUUUGUGGCUCAGGGUGAGCUCGUCCGGUUCCGCCCAGGGCACGGGGUCGUCUCAGCCUCGGGCCUUAUCUACUCGUCUGGGAACGUCAGCUACCCUGCAAGCAAUCUGAUCGAUGGCAAGCUCGAAGACGAUUCCCGUUGGAUCCCUGCCGGUCUACCUGCUUCCUACAACAGUUGGGAGGUUGUCUUUGACCUUCGAGGUGGUGACUCUUUUAUGGUGAUGGAGACCUGCGGCUCACCAUCUCUUGUGGAAGGCCUGCCUGGGGCAGGGUUCACCCAAGAAGUCACUUCAACAGGGGCCCGUGUGUCCUGGGGCCCCGUAGCGAUCACAGCCCCGGGAGGCCGAUACCAGCUUUGCUGGUGUGCACGGGGUGGUACUUGCUUAGAUCCGGUCGAGGAUUUCCGGCUGGCUGUUGGAAGCCUCUCCAUUGCAGGCCCGCAAUUCAAUGAGGCCACAUGUGUGAGUGGGAGUGGGGAGACUUGCACGGUGAAGCAGUUCAGAGGCCACGAUCUUGUAGAGACGGACCUUGUGAUGAUCCUGGACACUUGUGGCGUCGAUGUGUCUAUGGGCGCGUUGAUGCAGAAGGUUUCGAGCCUGGGGGCGAUUACAGUCAUCGAGGCUGAUCAGGCAUCUGCAGAUAUGCGGGUCAUGCAGGCCUCAGUCGACUUUGGCAGUGAGCUCAUCUGGUCUGGUGGCACGUAUCAGCUGUGUUGGUGCAGGCCAGUGGCGAUGUCGGGAGCACAUUGCGAAUCGCCUGCAGACUUUGCUGCUCAGGCCGGUAGACUACACCUUCUUGGUCCCUCUCCGUAUGAGCAACAUCGAACGUGCAUUAGCGGCCGUGCCUGUCCUGCACAAGCUGUAACAGGAUACGGGCUUUCAGCAGACGACCGAGUGUUGUUGCUAGAAACCUGUGGGGUGCGCAGCGUGGUUGACCGCUUCUUUGCAAUCGAUACCUGGCAACUGGCCCACAGUGCUGCAAACAGCACUCCAAAUGUGCCAUCACCUUCCAACUACACGCUUCAGGCCGGCACACUGGCCAUGUUUGGCUGGGGAAGCAUACCUAUCACUACAGCUGGGGGCAGGUAUAGGAUGUGCUGGUGCUCCAGGCAUGCUCCCUGUGCAGAGCCUGCCGAUUUCAGGAUUGACUUCGGAGAGCUUUUGGUGAUUGGUGCAGCAGCGACCCAUAGCUACACUUGCAUCAGUGGUCUUUCUUGUCAGCUUGAUGGUGUGCAGGGAGAACAUCUUGGCAUGAACCAGCACCUUGCAGUUCUCGACACAUGCGGCGUUGGCAUGGAGUCACACAUCAUGACGGGGACGUUUGAUGGCAGUUCCUUUUCUUGGGGCUCCAGGCCAAUCCUUCUCACUGGUGGUACCUACCGCCUUUGCUGGUGUGCGUCCAGACAUCUUGAGGACUUUGACAACUCCUCCGGCUCAAAUGGCUCAAAUGCCUCGCUUGGUUCGUGUGCCGAUACAAGCGACUUCUGGUUGGAUGCGGGUGGUCUGAUGCUGUUAGGGCCGUCACCACGCAGUCAGCACUUCACGUGCGUUUCUGGCCAAACCUGCCAGAUGGCCACACUUCAUGGACUUGGUCUGACAAAGGAUGGCUACGUACGCGCCAUGGACACGUGUGGUGUCUUGGCUGCAGCAGUGCAGCGAAUGCCUCUGCAAGCGUUCAUCCUUCCCUCGACGGGCCGCUCUGCGGAAGUCAGCUGGGAAGCGCCGCCCUCUGCUGCUGGUGGCUUGUAUCGCCUCUGCUGGUAUUCUGGCGCACGCGACUUCAGUGACUUCAAUGUCAGCAACAUGACGGACAGCGCCAGUGACUUGUUGUUCAAUGUGGACCUUGGUGUUCUGCACCUCCUGGGUCCCGGACCGCUUCAACAAGAUAGGACUUGUGUCAGCGGGCAGACGUGUAGGAUUGCAGGCAUUCUGGGUGCAGGAGCCGAGCUGGGCUCCUUCCUGGUGCAGGAUACCUGUGGCAGCGUGGGCAUUCUGCCGCGCUUCACAAAUUCAGGCCUCAUGGACUCAUGGUCGCGUGGAGAAGUUUCCUGGGGGACAGUUCGGGUCACAGCAGCUGGCGGAUUGUACCGCCUGUGUUGGGCAGGGCAACCGCUGGAUGUCUUGCGAGAAAAACUUGAGUUCAACCACUCUUGGAACUUCACACUUGCACAACUUGGAUCUGUUGCUGCCAAUGGAACAGAUAAUAUGACUAGAACCAGCAUUCUUGGUUGGUUAGUGGAUGUGGGCCAAUUCACUUUCAUUGGCCCUGCGCCACUUAGCCAAGACUUCACUUGUGUCGCCGGCGAAAGCUGUGACCUCCGUCCAAUUACUGGCUAUCACUUGCAGUCGAAUGAUGUAUAUGCCGUGCUGGCAACUUGCGGUGGGACUUCGUCACCUGCCAAAAGCUCCACGACGAUGGGCUUCGAGAUUCCCAGCAGUGGCAUCUGGCUUGCGCCAACGUUGCCAGCAGGUAUGUACCGGCUAUGUUGGUGUGCAGAGCUGAGUGCUGGAGCUUUUAACAUCACCGGCUACAGCAACUUCAGUCGGCUCUCUUGUGUACUGCAGCAGGACUUUCAAGUGGAUGUGGGGCAUGUGACAGUGCUAUCUCCCACUCCAGCAGUCCAGAACCUGACUUCAGCUGAUGAUUCCUUCGAGCUAGACAGCAAUGACACCCAGGCAGAGCCACAAAACCAGUCUCCCUUGCAAUUGAAACUGUUGCAGGUGGUCGUGGCAGGCCCGUGGCCUUCAGCCCAGUCCCGCACCUGCAUCAGUGGACAGCGCUGCAGCUUCCUCCUCAUGGGUAUCAAGCCUUCUGACCUCAUCCUGGUCCUCGACACGUGCGGCUUGCCUUCUGUGAUUCCAAAAUGGCCAGCUGGUGGCUUAAGCCUGCCAGUCGAUGCGAAUGCAACAAUUCCUCCAAAUGGUAGUGUUUCGCUGAGUCAAAGGCUAUCUUGGGGAGACGAGGCUGUGACAGCAGUCGGAGGAGCUUACAGGUUAUGCUGGUGUCCUGCCGGUGCUACUUGCAAGACCUUCGCCGAUUUUCCACUGGAUCUGGGAAGGAUACACCUCCUGGGACCGCAGCCAGCUGCAGCGACUUGUGUCAGUGGACGUGCGUGCCACCCAUCGGUUCAGGGCCACAUGAUCUCGACCAAUGACACCAUCUGGGCGCUGGAGACCUGUGGAGUGCAAGGCCGGAAGCUGGAGUUUGCAAUGCAGAGCCAGCCAUCACAGCCUGACGGCAUCAGCACAAUCAACGCGCUUCAAACAGUCCAGAUCGCAAACCCGCUUCUUGUCGGCCUCGGCCGACAUUACAAGCUUUGUUGGUGCGCUUCUGGCUGCCCGUGUGCUGACGGCCGUGAUUUUAAUGUGGAGGCAGGUGACCUGGUACUGCAGGGUCCAUCAGAAGAUCACCAGGACAGGACAUGCAUCAGCGGCCGAACUUGUGUUGUCGAGGGCAUUCAGGGUCAAGACCUCUCCGACCAAGACCAUUAUUUGAUCCAAGACACAUGUGGCUCAGAUCAAAUUGUGGAGUCCUUAGUGAACGUCGGCUCGCAUGUGGAGGUGACAGCCAGCGGCGCCUUGGUUCAUUGGGGAACAACACCACACACAGUCGCAGGUGGUGUGUACAAGCUUUGUUGGUGCACGAAUCGGCCAAGCCAUGGCAACCAGUCCGAAGCGCACCUCUGUGGUACGGCCGCAUCCUUUGUGUCCACCGUGGGAAGUUUGACGUUGCGUGGUCCGGUACCUCUUAGCCAAGAUCGAACUUGCAUAAGCGGAAAGACUUGCAAGGUUACUGGCCUCGAGGGGCACCUAUUUGCGUUCGACCAAGAUGCAGUUCUCGUCUUGGACACAUGUGCGAAAUUCGGGUCUGCAGGCUUUAGCGGCUAUGUUCAGGCAAGCCUUGAAAUUGGUGGUGUCUUGAAGUUCCAGCCCGAGAUUCUACUUUAUGGCGGGACCUACCGGUUGUGUUGGUGUGGGAAGGCUCCAGGAGGCUUCGUGGCCAUGCAAAAUCAAAGCUGGGAGGCUGUGAACAGCUCCAAUGUCAGCAGCUGCCAGUUGCUGGAAGAAUUUCAGACGGAUUUCGGUGCCCUGCAUGUAGUUGGCCCCAAACCUGCGGACACGGAUCUGACUUGUGUAGCUGGGCGGAUCUGCAAUAUUUGGCACUUGCAUGGGCACCUGCUGAACGUAGAAAGCCUUGGCAACGUGCUCAUUCUAGACACCUGUGGAGUGCCAAUGAGCUCCCUUACCACACAUCAUGCGCUGACCAACGUCACAGAGGCUCCAGGGGUUUUGACACUUUCGACCGUGCCUGUUCAUGGCGGAUACUACAGACUCUGCUGGUGCCAGGACAGUUGCCCUUCCGCGCAGGCUUAUGGUGUUGAUGUUGGGCAAGUUUGGUUGCUUGGCCCCAGUGCAACAGACCAACAUCGCACUUGCAUCAGUGGCAGGAUGUGUCGUGUCAGAGACAUAGUGGGCGUUGGCCUUUCCAGCGCAGACAGAGCCAUGGUCAUGGAUACUUGUGGCUCCCCGUCACAUGUUGCUGGAGUCAUCAGUGCCGGCAUGUCCAACAUGUUUGCAAACAUGACAUCGUUUGUUUGGAAUGUGGUAUCUGCAAACGGCGGUCAAUACAAGCUGUGCUGGUGCACAGAGGGUGAUCCGGCUGCUAUGGCAAGAACUCCCGUGCUGCCGAGCUUUGUUAAAGUCCCCAAUUGCACAGAUGCGCUUCGUUUUGGGCAAGAGUUCGGAAGGCUCCAUCUCAUUGGGCCAUCCUAUCCCGAUCAAUCGUUCACCUGUGUCAGUGGACAGACCUGUCAGUUAAGGAGCUUUCAUGACCCACAUGCCUCACUUGAGGACUCCCUGCUAUUGUUGGAUACCUGCGGAUCUUCAGCAAGCUACGUUCCAAAAUCCGCUCUGCAGCCUGCAUCUGCUGCUCAAAUGGGUGGACAGCUGGUGUUUUCAUGGAACGGGACGCAGACAAUGCAAGGAGGCCAAUACAGACUCUGCUGGUGCACAACGAGACCCGAAAAUGACGUCAAUGCUUCCACUCAACAUCUAUGCGAGCAACCGGGGCAUUUUUUGGUGGACUACGGUCGGCUGGACAUCGUGGGCCCUUCCUUGCAUCAAAUUCGAACUUGCACCGCGGGGUGGCCGUGCCAUCUUCAAGGCAUCAUGGGCAUGAACUUGCAGGCGGGAGACAUGUAUCUCAUUCUGGACACUUGUGGAGCAGUGAGCCUCAUUCCUCAGUCGCCAAGUGCGUUCCUUCAGUCUUCGAGGAACCAGGGUACUGAUGUCACCUUCCAUGCACCAGUCUCUUCAAGCGGAGGAAGCUACAGAAUCUGUUGGUGUGGCCGUGGAUUCCCUUGCAGCUCAUUUGAAGAGUUCAGUGUUGAUCUUGGCGAGUUGGUGCUGCAAGGUCCUAGCUCACCUGACCAGUCUUUCACAUGCACUCGAGGACAGCGUUGCAGAGUGUCUCACAUACAAGGUAUGCUACCUGUGGAGGCAGAGUUCCUUCUCUUGGAGACAUGUGCAGACAGCACUGGAAGAGGGGUUGUGACGAGUGCUUUUCCCACCAAUGGCUCUCAGGGAAGUGCAGUGUUGUGGGAGAUGGAGUUGACAAUGCCUGGUGGGGAGUACCGGCUAUGCUGGUGUGCAGAAGGAGCUGCAAGGGAGCGCACGGUGGAAAACCAAACCCUCAGUCCAUCGGACUGGGCAAUGCUUGCCACCAAUGCCAGCUCUCCAUUCAACACAUCUGUCUUUAGCCUCAGCUCCUGCCUCCAACCAAUGCAAAGGGUAGAUGUUGGAAGCCUGCAUCUCCUUGGCCCUGUGGCAGACCAAAGCUUCACAUGCAUCAGUGGCCGACGCUGCGUUGUGAACUCCGUGCUUGGAUUGGGUUUGAGCGUGAACGAUUCGUAUCUGAUUCUUGACACUUGUGGCACUCCCAGCAUCGCUCAGCGAUUUACACGCAGUGGACGCGCGGUUGAUGUUAUCACAGGAGGCACUACGGUGAGUUGGGGAGAGGUCCCUGUUACCGUUGCCGGGGGUGAGUAUCGACUGUGCUGGUGUGCGCUUGCGGCACUUGCCUCUGCAAAUUCAUCAGACCCCUGUGCCUCAGCCAUGGACUAUACAGCAGACGCGGGAACAUUGUUUAUCAUCGGUGCAUCGCCUCUAGCACAGGACCGAACCUGCGUCAGCGGCUGGCCUUGCGUCAUUGAGGGCAUUACUGGCACAGAUCUGACUGAGCUGGAUGCAUUGGCUGUGCUCGAGACUUGUGGCCAGGCAAAGGCUCCAAUGUCAGAUGGCUCUGAAGCACAGGCCACGGCUCUGGCACCUCACCGAGGUCUCUGGCAGUGGCUUGCUGGUAACAGUGUGAACGUCGGCGGCAACUACCGCUUGUGUUGGUGCUCUGGUGCCAAUGCGAAUCAAAGCCUUGGGAAUGUGAACGCAUCUUGCCUGCUUUUCGAGGAUUUCCGUGUGGACAUUGGUGCGCUCACGGUGCUUGGGCCGAUGCCGCUGCAACAGGCCUUCACUUGUGUCAGUGGACAUUCCUGCAGCACAGACGGCAUGACCGGUGUGGGACUAAGCCCUGACGCGAUCAUGAUUUUGGACACUUGCGGUAGCGAGGGGGACAUGCUGCUAGGUCCUGGGCCGAAACUUGAUGCUGUGACAGUCACGAAAAUGACUUUGCAGGGUGGGCAGUACAGCCUGUGUUGGUGUCCGCAAGUAUCAGACCGUGGAACAAAUUUCUCCAAUCACACAGGCAGCGCGGCGCGGAACGAAACCGCAGUAGCUUGCCAGGCCUCCGAAGAGUUCACAGUCGCCUUCGGCCGAAUGCAGAUCGUAGGACCCUCUCCACUGACGCAAGAUCGCACUUGCAUAAGUGGGCAGACGUGCCGAAUCGAGGGCAUACAGGGCUUGCAUCUGUCAGAAGCCGAUUACUGGUUCGUCUUGGACACAUGUGGUAGCACCGAUCCCGUGGCUGGCUUUCCAACAACGGCUCACGUCAAGCAGUUCGAGGCGGACAAUUUAACAAGCCCCUCCAGCGUGGUGGUUACGUGGCACACAGAUAUCACAAGCGCAGGAGGCGUCUACCGCCUGUGCUGGUGUGGCUUGUCCAGUGAGAACUCGAGCGCUAGCCUGAGCUGUGCCUCAGGGCAGGUCGACACCGGCAAGUUGGAGGUGCUUGGACCGAAUGGCGCCCAGUGGACGCCCACGCAGCGAGGUCACUGUGGAAGGCGGCCUUUGCAACCAGCGCCUCAAGCGAGCAACACGUACAGCAACCUCACCAUGGAUGCCUGCCGGGCGGCAUGUGAUGCUGGAUAUCCAGGUACAUGCAUUGUUGCUCUCUUCGCGGAUCGUGGUGCAGAUGUUGGCCUUUGCAGUAUAAUGCUGGCAUGUACAAUGUUGGCAGAUUCCAGUGAGGAUACGCUGCUCCUUUUCCCUGACAAAGCGCAACCUGACGUCGAGCAGUCUCGAACUUGUGUGAGUGGCCAGUCUUGCAUGAUCAAAGGGUUGCUUGGGCAUGGGCUCAUGGACACUGACACUUACAUGAUCAUGGAUACAUGCGGGCUGGCUGAUGCCUUGGUGGCGAGGGUCGGCGACACUGCCUUGACCGUCAAUGUGCUGACUUCCGGUGCCAAUGCCACUGUCAGUGUUGGAAGCUUUUUAAGCAGUUCCAGCUUGAGUGCCGCCGGGGGCAUCUACCGACUGUGCUGGUGCAGCGGCCUUGCUACAUGCAGCAUUGCUGAGUCCUUCCGAACAGAUGCGGGAGGUCUUCUUCUUGUAGGUCCCGCGCCACUUCAGCAAGACCGAACGUGUGUUGCAGGCAGGACCUGUGUCGUAGAUGGUGUGCGAGGGCAAAACCUGGCUGAUGGGGACCAGCUUUGGAUCCUGGACACGUGCGGCACCGCAGCAAAGGGCCAGAGCGGCUUUCUUUUUGCAGACUCCGUGGACUCGUGGCUUGCCAGCCCAGCGAAAGCAAGCGGUACCGCUUUCUCUUGGGCAGCCCUGUCCAGCAGUCUUCCUGGUGGCCAGUACAGACUGUGCUGGUGCAGUUCAAUGCAAGCGUGCUCAGAUAGCCACGAGUACAGCGUGGACAUUGGCAGCCUCACGUUGCAGGGCCCGGUGUAUGCAGCCAACUCGGUGCAGAAGCGAACUUGUGUCGCUGGCAUGUCCUGCAGUAUUGAUGGCCUUCAAGGCCAACUUCACGGUCAGGCUAUGAUCUUGGACACGUGUGGCAGCGCUCAAGCUUUUCCGCCGAACACUCCAUCAGCAACUAGCGACUACAGUGGCCAGAUGCAGUGGGAUGUGCUGACGAUCCAGGGUGGAACUUAUCAUCUUUGCUGGUGCACUUUCAGCAUGGAAGUCGUAAACGAGAGUAACCGGUCGCUGCACCACUGCCGGUCAAGCUUGGACUUUGACGUGUCUUUCGGAGCUCUCACAAUUGUCGGGCCAGAGGAAGGUCAAAGAUUCACGUGCGUGAGUGGGCAAGCCUGCACCCUUGCUGGCAUCAGAGGCCAGGGGCUCCUUCCCGAGGAUGCCUUCAUUGUGCUGGAGACAUGCGGAACAGCAUCUGCCGGAUUUGGGACCGGGCUGACCGUGCCUUCGUGGAGCCCUGAGGGCAACCAGUCUUGGAGCCCGUCUGACUGGAGCUGGGCACUGUAUGAUGGAAACCUGUCCUUCGACAAUGGGAGCGCAUCGUGCUCGACCUCACCGGGUACAAAGGGCUGUCGCACUACUGAGGCUGUUCUCGGUGUCACGUGGAGCCAAGCUGUGGUUGCACCUGCAGGAGCAUACCAGCUAUGUUGGUGCUCAGCCGUGCAUGCGUGCUCCACUGCUGAGCAGUUUGUUGUGCCGAGUGGGCAGAUCCUGUUACGAGGUCCUAACCCGGGCCAGGAUCGAACAUGUGUCGCCGGCCAGACGUGUUCCUUAAGCAGUAUACACGGUGUGAGUUUAGAUGUGGCUGAUGCAUUUAUGAUUCUGGAGACCUGCGGAUCUUCGCUUCUGCCAAGAGGCAUUCCUCCCUUGGGAUAUAUCCAACAAAAUGGUAGUGACUUCAAUGGCUCUGAACAGGAAGAUGGCAAUUUCUCUUUGGGCGAUGCCUACCGAGUCUCUUGGGGAGCUUCUCCUUUCACAAGCGGUGGCGGCCAGCACAGGCUUUGCUGGUGCCCUUCAGGCUACCCCUGCGCCGGAGGGCAACACUUCCUGAUUGAUGUUGGAUCCCUGUAUGUAGUCGGCCCCCUUGCUGACUACGGCUAUGACAAGUGGCUGCGCGGCAACUGCGCAAUCAGCCAGCAAGUCAGUGCCUACACCAGCUCCACCAAGUCCGAGUGCUUCGAGCUUGGUAGGUAUGCUCCCUCCACAGUCACUGCAGCACAAUUCUACACCCUUGGCAACUCGUCUAGCUGCACGCUGCUCCGUACCUGUGAAGGCUUUUUCUCUACGGACGCUUCGGAUUACGAGGUGCUCUUUCUGCACUCUGCAUCGACUCAGGACCGAACUUGUGUGACUGGCCUGUCUUGUAGCAUUGAUGAUAUCAUGGGGCUUGGCUUAUCUGCUCAUGACUCUUUCAUGAUCCUGGACACCUGUGGGUCAACGUCCCUGGUGAAUGGAAUACCGCAGAGUACGGUUUCGGCGGUUGGCUCCACCCUGGCAGCCAUCAAUGGCACGAAUACCACGGACCCUCAGACUGACUUGAAGCCAGCUGGCGAGCAGAGCCUACGAGUGACCUGGAGCAGCCACGCCACGCCUGCUGGUGGAAGGUAUCGGCUUUGCUGGUGUUCGGCUGUCUUCGACUGCGUUUCAUCGCAGCAGCACAGAGUAGAUGUGGGCUCCCUUUCAUUCAUCGGGCCCUCCUUUGAGCAGCACCGCACUUGUGUGUCUGGGCAGACGUGCUUAAUCAACAGCUUAGACUUGGAGUCGCCGGCAAGCACCGGCAGCUUCAUGAUCAUGGAGACUUGCGCCCUUCCAGAUGCUGUGGUGACUGGUUGGCCAGCUGGCGCAGUGGCCUCAAGUGUUACAGCGAGCGGUACAUCUGCGUACUGGGGAGACACGGUCCUUGCUCCAGGUGGCAAGUACCGACUUUGCUGGUGUGGCGAUGGCAUCUGCAAUUCAGUUCAGCGUUACAGCAUCGAUGUUGGGAGCCUCUCGCUGAUCGGGCCAGUUCCCUUGCAAUACGCACGUACGUGCGUCAGUGGAAGACUGUGCGCAUUCGAUGGAGUGCGGGGUGAAGGGCUACAAGCGGGUGAUGCUUGGCAAGUCUCCAGCAGCUGUGGAAGCACGUCGGUGCUGCCUGGCAUGCCUCUCACUGGACACACAAUCAGCGUGACAUCCGGCACUGUGAGCUGGGGCGGGAUAAGGAUCUCCAGCUCUGGCGGGCAGUACAAGUUGUGUUGGUGCUCGGCCUUGUUUCCCUGUGGCCUUGAGGACUUCCGCCUGGAAGUGGGAACCUUGGAUGUGAUAGGCCCUGCUCCACUCUCCCAGGACCGCACAUGUAUUAGUGGGACCACAUGCCUCAGCCUCGGCCUGACGGGUCAUUUCAUCGAUUCGACGACAUUCUUCACGAUCUUGGCAACGUGUGGGAAAGCCGAUGCAAGAAGCGUCAACGAUGAAGUUGAGGUUGUGCGCUGGGGGCGCAGCGUGCUGACAGCUCCUGGUGGCCGAUACCGACUAUGUUGGUGCAUGCCAAACCAAGAACCGACCGGGCUGAACCUUUCCAAUGCAACGGAUGGUGGCUGCAAACAAUGGACCCAGUUCCAGACUGACGCGGGCACUCUUCACAUCAUUGGACCAGCCCCCUACAACCAGCGGCAGACAUGCAUCAGCGGCCAGUCCUGCAAGCUGGAGGUUGGGGGCAUCACGGGAAUGCGAAGUUCCAGAGUUCUCCUUCUAGACACCUGCGGCACUGGCAUGCAGCUUCCAGGCACGUAUUUCGGGCCUGGCGAAGCCCUUUUGGCGAGCGAGCAGAAUGUGUCUGACAUGGCUAUGUAUAAUACACAGGCUCUGAGGCUGGCUGGGGGUACUUACCGGCUUUGCUGGUGUGCCGGUCUGAACUUUGCUUACGAGAACAGCACCGAGGGCUGCUAUGACUCUGCACACUUCCAGACGGAUUUCGGAUCCAUCGAGAUUGUGGGGCCGUGGCCUUUGGAGCAAGACCGGACAUGCGUCAGUGGGUUGACUUGCCAAAUCGAAGGCAUUCAAGGUCUGCACCUCAACCAGGACCGCCUCCCGGAUGUCUCGGGGCUCCGGAUCAAGCAGGAUGGAUCUGUGCUCUUCGACAUCACGCGCGGCAAGGUUCAGGUGAGCUACGCCACAUCCGUCGGGCCCUUCAUCGAUUUGAGCUUGUUUGACCUGCAGACUGGGACCUCGGAUUGGCAGGAGGUGUUCUUCAACGAGACGACGGCUCCCUUCUUCAGGCUCCUGGUUCUCGAGACCUCCUCUGGCUGGCAGCCCAAGCCUCGAGAAGUGCAGUGGCUCAGCCAGAUGGUGUGGGUGGAGCAUCUGCCUUCCGAUUGGGUCUUCUCUGCAUCAGGAGUCUCAUGGAAAACAUCCGGUUCCAACCCGCAAACGCUUGGUCCUGACAAGCUCAUUGACCAGAACAGCGACUUGCUCACUUCCCGAUGGGAAAGUGUGGGCUUCCCACGGUGGUACAACAACUGGUGGGUGACAUUCGACUUCCGUGCUGGAGACCGGGCGCUUAUUCUAGACACCUGCGGCAGUGCUGGAGCUACAGCUAGAUUACCAGAGGCGGGUAUGGUCAAAGGUGUGUCAGGCAGCGGUGCGACCAUCGUGUGGAACAGUGCGCCGCUCUCAGCUUCUGGUGGCUUGUACAAGAUUUGCUGGUGCGCCGCGUACCAGACCUGCGACACCGCGGACCAUUUUCGCGUGCCCAUUGGAGAGCUGACACUUGUCGGUCUGCACACGGGGCACUCCAGGACAUGUGUGAGUGGUCGCAGCUGUAGGCUGGAAGGCCUGACCGGAACCUAUGUGUCGGAGGACAGUAUGCUGGCCAUUUUGGAUACGUGUGCCCAAGUGGGCGUGUUGACAGGUGGUUUCAGCAAGCCGUUUCUGGCUGCUCCCAUGACCACCCUUGAUGCCAGUGGAUCAACAGCCGAAUUUGGCCUCGUGACAGCGUCCGGCCUCUAUCGGCUGUGCUGGUGUCCUAUGGUGAACUUAGAGGACAUUGCCAACCUGACAUAUUCCUCGGCCAGCAACCGCACUGGAAACCAAUCAGCAAUGUUAGACUGCUUCCAUCUUGACAUUGGGGAGCUUCAUGUGCUUGGACCAAUUCCGGAAGCAGGCCGGACUUGCAUCGCUGGUAGGGAUUGCGUCUUGGAAGGGUUUGGUGGCAAGUGGCUGAGUUCAGACCGCCUCUUCGUCAUGGAGACGUGCGGCCAGGAUUGGGUAGAUGGCACGCCGGCAUCAGCUCCUGUGCAGGGAAGCGGAGCCAUCGUGAGAGUUGCAAACCGGCCCCUCAAAGCCAUGGGUGGUCAGUACCGGCUAUGCUGGUGUUCCGUGACACUAAGCAACAGUAGCAUGCUGGACACCAAUCUGACGCUGGACAGCGCAUUUGGCUGCAAUCCUGCUACACCGCAUGCAUUCUUGACAGAUGUGGGAUCGCUGACAGUGCUUGGCCCAUCUCCGCUGUCACAGCAAUGGACUUGCGUGUCAGGCCAUACCUGCAAGAUCGACAAUAUCUCCGGGAUUGGACUUUCCGACUCGGAUAGCAUCAUUGUGUUGCAAACGUGCGGAAAUGCGGCAGUUGUGUCCCGAUUCCCGUUCUCGGGGCAAGCAAACACAUACUGGACUCGUGGUUCUCAAGCUGCAUGGACCAUUGCAGUCAGUGCUGCCGGUGGCUCGUAUCGGCUUUGUUGGUAUUCUGGCCUAGACUCCGGAGCGAAUGCAUCUGCCACAACGGUAUCAUUAGAGCACGCCGUCGAUUUGGGUACUCUGUUUAUGCGCGGCCCUACCCCGCUCAAUCAAGAAGUCACAUGCAUCUCGGGCCAGAGCUGCAACGUGGAAGGGUUGACUGGUGUCGCUUGGACCAUGUCUCAGGACAAGGUUGCGAUCCUGAAUACUUGUGGCACAUCAUCGGCUGUACCGCGAUGGGGUGGCAGCGGAAUUUCUGACAUCGUUGCAAGCUCGGAUCACAACACAUCCGGCACAUCCGUCACAUCUUUUUUCUGGGCUGAUGGCACAAUCUCAGCUGCAGGUGGCAGCUACAGGCUUUGCUGGUGUGGUGCUUCGCUCAGGUCCAACCAGCCUGACAGCUUGGCAUGGUACAACGCAUCGUUCUUGCCACACAGCUCAGGUGAUAACGAAAACCAGUCCAACAGCUCAGAUGAUGGUUGCACUCGGCCAGAACACUAUCAGGUUGACUUUGGGAGCUUGACCCUGCUGGGUCCCUCUGACAUCGGCAUGUCAUUGACCUGUGUUGCUGGCCACUCUUGCAGCAUUGUGGGCAUUCAUGGAAUUGGACUAUCACCGGGAGACAGCAUACUGGUGCUUGACACCUGCUCAGAUUCGAGCGCCCCACCUGACAAUUUUAUUUAUGGCUCGAAUGAGACGGACAUGAUGUUGAGAAGCGGCACGAGCAAUAUGGCAGUUGCAUCAGUCACGUGGCAAGGACCCUUGCAUGUUCUGGGAGGUGAGUACAGGCUUUGCUGGUGUGCAGCAGACGCCAUCUGCAGCAGGUCAGAGCACUUCCGUGUAGAUUUGGGCAUCCUCCACAUGGUCGGACCGAAUCCUCACGCGCAAGACCGCACAUGUGUCAGUGGACAGACUUGUCUGGUGAAUGGAAUCACGGGGUGGUACAUGUCCACAAGUGAUCGAGUGAUGAUCUUGGAAACCUGCGGUCGGCAGAUGCUAUCGCCUCCUACAGGCUUGGAGUCCUGGGACUUGGUCCAGCGCUCAGGUGGGGUCGUUUGGGCCACCUUGAACAAUUUCACCAACGCUUCGUGGCAGGCACUCUUCCUGACAACUCCAGCAGGACAGUAUCGAUUAUGCUGGUGUUCUGGCAGUGCGAGCUCUGGAAGCCGUGACUCAGCCACUUGUGGCAACAGCAUGUUGCCUGGCCUCGAUUUCGGAGCCUUGCAUGUCCUGGCGCCCGACAGCUAUGUGGCGAGCACAUGUAUCAGUGGCCAGGCUUGUGAUGUAAAGAACCUUCAGAUUGCGGAAUGGCAAAGCACCUUCACGGGUGGCGGCGGCCUUUUUCUGGCAGACACGUGCGGAAGCACCGCUUCCACACAUCACUUUUUGCCAGAAGACGCUGUGUCAAAUCUAAGCGUUGCAGUUUCGCGUCGGGUUUCAAGCAGUCGAAUCAGCACAUUGAGUGGUGGCACAUACCGUCUGUGUUGGUGUUCACCGCAAGCUGUCAGCCCCGGUUCCUGCAAUGUGCCUGAGCAUUUCCGCGUCGAGGUCGGAGUACUGGACUUACUGGGCCCGGCACCUCUGCAGCAAGACCAGACAUGCGUUUUGGGUGUGGCAUGUCCAAUCACAUUGUCGCUGUUUGGCUUGGGCAGCUCGGAUUCUCGUAUGCUCAUCCUUGAGACUUGUGGCUUGCCGGGUGCUGGAAGCACUCUGCUUUGGGGGGCCAACGUCUCAAGCAGCGAAGGUGGCAUCGGACAGCUUCGAUUCACUCCGCUGCUCACAGGGCUCUUCCGUCUUUGCUGGUGCCCAAGCCAUCUAACAUGCGACUUUGAGGAAGACUUCCAGGUGGAUUUCGGACAGCUGUACCUUCGAGGUCCCGUGCCACUGGAGCAACACAGGACCUGCAUUAGUGGACAUCACUGUGAGGUGGAGAAGUUCCAAGGUCUUGGAAUGGAACAUCUCCCAGCCCAUCUCAUGGUACUGGAUACUUGCUCCGUCAGUGGUUUGAGAACAGCAGGUCUGCCUGUGAUGAGAUUGCCUGUGUCGUCCUCGGUACAAAGCUUAGGAGACAUGCCUCUCCUGGUGCCCGAAGGACGUUACAGCCUGUGCUGGUGUGUGGAAGCCGCAGAAGCUGGAGCUGACAGUGCCUACGGCGCAAACCAGACUUGCCAGACGUUGGAGCAUUUCUCAAUGCAGUUUGGUCAGUUGAGGAUACUGGGCCCAACACCUUUGCAGCAGGACUUCACAUGUAUUGCCGGUGUGGAAUGUGAUUUCACUCUCUUUGAGCACACCGCCCAGAAUGGACGCAUGCUGAUUCUCGACACUUGCGGAACUUCGAGCAUUCCUCCCGGCAUCGGUGCCAUUGAGCUGGGCAUUGACAUGCAGGCCAGACAGGCCACCAUGAUUGCAGCAGGUGGCCUUUAUCGGAUUUGUUGGUGUGGCCUUAUCGAGGGCUCCAAUGUGACCUCGUGUGCAGAGGGCUCUGAUUUCAAGGUGGAUGCCGGCACGUUGACACUCGUCGGUCCAACACUUGGUCAGGCAUGGACGUGCGUCAGUGGGACGACGUGCCUCAUGAAUGACAUAGGUGGCAAGCACCUGUCUUUCAGCGACCAUUAUCUGGUGUUGCAUACGUGUGGCGUGCAAGAUGUUGCAAGUCGAUUUCCUAACGAGGGCAGCGUCUUCCAAGUCUCUGGACAGUGUGGGUGCACGUCACCGCUUUGCAGCUCCUAUCCGCUUGGUACGAAUGAGUCUAUGUGCGCGACAUGUGGUGACUUGUGCCCUGGUGAUGAUGCAAAAACACAUCCGGGCUGGUGUGGCUGCGGCACGUUGGACGUGGACUCCGAUGGUGAUGGCACACCAGACUGCCUGGACCAAUGCCCGCACAACCCGGGCAAGACUGGACCUGGAAUUUGUGGCUGUGGGGCCCCUGAUGUAGACAGUGACAGUGAUGGCAUCCCGGACUGCAAUGACCAAUGCUCCGGGCCGGAUUUCACAGGUGGAUCUUGUUGUACUGCAUUUGACUCUGAUGCGGAUGGAGUGCUUGACUGUUUUGACCAGUGUCCCCUCGAUGCCAGCAAGACGCUGACAGGGAUCUGUGGCUGCCAUGUGUCAGAUGUCGACAGCGACCUGGAUGGUGUGCCGGAUUGCUUGGACUUGUGUCCCCAAGAUACCACGAAGUCCUUCCCAGGUAGCUGUGGAUGUGGGAACUCUGAGGUCGAUGCGGAUGGUGACUCUGUGCCGGAUUGCAUUGACAUUUGCCCGAAUAGCCCGGACUUCACCUUUCAAGGUCUUCAAGCCAGUUUCGGACACGUGCCCGUGUCUGCAGCAGGAGGAACCUACCGACUUUGCUGGUGUCACUCUGCAGCCAAGUGCGGGUCUCAAGCUGACUUUGUGGUGGAUGUCGGCUCUGUGCAGCUUCUGGGCAUCCAAGAUAUACGCAGCAGCCGAACAUGUAUCAGUGGCCAAAGUUGUUUCAUUCGGCGAUUGAUUGACACCAGCACCUCCACAAUUUCUCACCAUCCUGCUGCUUCGAAUUUCUCCGCGACCCCGAUGCUUGUGUUGGAGACCUGCGGAGUCUUAGCAGUUGCCGUAAACGACUCGCUUGGAAGCGCUCAGUUCUUUUCACCUCAGGUUGCAAUGGAUGUGGGCCGUUCAAUCGGAUGGCUUGCGGGGCAACUGACGUCAUCUGGGGGAUUCUACCGGCUUUGUUGGUGUGCGAGUGCUACAAGAAGCUGCAAUUUGGUUCCAGACUUUCAGAUGGACGUUGGCGAACUCAUGAUGCUUGGUCCAUUCCCACUAGCCCAGCAAAUGACUUGCAUCGCUGGCCUAACUUGCAGAAUUGAUGGAAUCCAGGGGCUGGGCGUCAGGCAGACAGACUUGGUUAGAGUGCUUGAUACCUGUGGCUCUGCAGAGUAUGCUCUGACGGCCCCGACAUUCAAUGCAAGCCUCGGGACUGAUGAUGCUGUCAGUGCGGAUGCCACACAGACCUUUCCAGGAGGCUUUUACCGUCUUUGCUGGUGUGCAACGGGCUAUCAGUGCAACUUGCAUAGUGACUACCGAGUUGACUUCGGGGUUUUUUCACACGUUGGUCCUUCUCCGUUGUUCUCACAGGAUCGGACUUGUGUGACGGGUCAAUCAUGCACAGUCGAGCGCAUUGAAGGGCAUCUGCUUUCGUCCGAUGACUCGUAUUGGAUCCUUGAGACUUGUGGUGUUCAAGCGCCCGCAAGACUGGCCGGGCAAGGCCGUGCAGUCUUCCAGAACAGUUCCAUCUCAAUCACUUGGGGGGACGUUCCACAUACAGCGGCUGGUGGCCAAUACCGACUUUGCUGGUGCUCAGCAUUCGCCAUAUGCAACAUGGCACAGAAUUUUGGCGUUGACGUAGGCGGGCUAUUGUUGCUCGGCCCUACUCCUCAAGACAGAACGUGCAUCAGUGGCCAAACAUGCUUCAUGAAGGCUUUGCCUGGCUAUUAUCUCCACGCGGAUGACCGCUUGCUCGUGCUGGAUACAUGUGGAAGGCCUUCUCCAGUUGUGGGUUUCCCUGCGAUGCAGUCUAAACUUUUGUCCUCAAACUCCACGGCAGUCGCAGGCUUCGUGGCAGGCAGCAUGCUGGAGUUUGUAACCUCUGCUGGGGGGACGUACCAGUUGUGCUGGUGUGCCGCAUCCGCUUUUGCUUGCAGCCUCGCGGAAUCAUUCCGGGUCAAUGCGGGUUCGCUGACCCUGAUUGGGCCGAGCACCGGCUCGCAAGUUCCCAAGUUGCGCGUGUGUAUCUCUGGAAGGAUCUGUUCAGUCCAGGGCCUUCUUGGGCAAAACCUGCAUGAGGAUGACCAGCUCAUGCUUUUGGAUACAUGUGGCUUGCAAGGACCCAGCCAGGGGCAACCAGCCAUGCCCAGCUUGCAAGCCAAUGGCACAAGCCCGGCCUUACUCUCAAGUGACUCAAGUAACUUGCAGAGCAACUUGACGGUUUGGUUCGCGUCUGGCGGGACAUAUCGACUAUGCUGGUGUGCUUCUGGCAGCAGCUGCAAUAGCGCACCGGACUUUAGGGUGGACAUCGGCCAACUGGAUGUUGUGGGGCCCGUGAGCAUGGCAUCACCUUUCCGUUGGAGGAGGCACUGUCAGCCAGAUGCAAAUGCUUCUGUAUUGGCCUUCUCCUACGAAGAUGACAUGCAUGCAUGUUGGCUGCGCUGCAAAUCGCACGACUCAAACACGACUGGGCCUUGUGAUGCUGCCGAGUUUGUCCCUCACUCAGGAUUUUGCAAGCUAUGGAGUCAGUGCUAUGUUAUGUCGCACAGCGCGGCCCAGGCCUUCCUACUUACAGCGCAAGAGUCGUGGUCCGGCCAGGACAGGACAUGCGUGGCGGGACAUCCUUGCACCCUGGAUGACAUCAUGGGACACCUCCUUACAGAAGGUGAUGCCUAUGCGGUGCUGGAUACUUGCGCGAGCACACUUGCCUGGAUGCAUACUGCUCAGCAUGUUGCGGGGCAUGGUGGCUAUGCAAACCCAUGUCGCUGUGCUGAGUCCAUGAACGACACAGAUGGUGACGGCGUCGUAGACUGCACCGAUGAGUGUCCGCUGGAUCCAAGCAAGGUAGAGGUGGGAGUUUGUGGCUGUGGACAAGCAGAUGUGGACAGCGAUGCGGAUGGAGUUCCGGACUGCCGAGACAGGUGCCCUCUCCAUGGCGAAAAAAGCUUGCCAGGCAUUUGCGGGUGCGCGAUGGCGGAUUUUGAUUCUGAUGCAGAUGGGACUCCUGACUGCAACGACCAAUGUCCCAACUUGCCCGACAAUGCUGAAGGGGUGGCCGGCUGUCCUGCAGCAGCUGCAGACUUGGAUGGUGACGGUAUUCCAAAUUUCUUGGAUGAGUGUCCUUUGGAUUUCAACAAGACUUCAGCAGGUGUAUGUGGCUGUGGAGAGACUGAUGAAGACUUCGACAAUGAUGGUAUUCCGAAUUGCCUCGACUUGUGCCCCACGGAAGCCUUCAAGGUCUUUCCAGGGGCUUGUGGCUGCCAGACACCAGACCUAGAUCGAGAUGGUGAUGGCACUCCCGACUGCCACGACGUUUGUCGGUCGUCUGAUGCCGUUUUUGGUUCUGUCUCCGUGCAAUUUGGUGUUUUGCCAGCUGGGCAGUAUCGACUCUGCUGGUGCUCGCGCUCAGUUCAGUCUUGUGCGGCAUCUCAGGAGUUCAACGUGGACCUUGGAGGACUCAGCAUCAUAGGGCCUCGCAGCCAGGAGCGAACUUGCGUUAGCGGGUACCCGUGUCGGUUUGGUGACUUAGCCGGCUUCGGCCUCGAUGAUGCUGACAACAUCCUUGUCCUCAACACCUGCGGCUCUUCCACAGGUCUUGUAGCCCGCGGGUCGCCAGACGUGGCGUUGCCGCUUUUUUCCAGCGGCUCUGCAGCAGCAUUUUCUGUGCUCACUGCAGCUGGCGGGUUGUACCGUAUGUGUUGGUGCACUGCCCGCGCGUGGCAAGACCCAGUCGACCCAGUGCCUGUUUGCGACCGAGCAGAUCGCUUCACUGUAGAUAUUGGUGCACUGAUCCUCGUUGGCCCAUCACCUCUGCAUCAAGCAUACACCUGUGUUUCAGGGCAGCCAUGUGGUCUGCAUGGGCUGAGCGGAUUCCAUCUUACACCCCGCGAUAUGAUGAUGAUACAGGAUACCUGUGGGGGCGCAAACUUCGCUUCUCCCCUCCUCGCAUCGGCCGGUCGGGAUGGAUUAUUCUUCCAGUUUUCUGGUGCCGAGGUACAGGCAACCAACAACUUGCUGGCUGCCAACACAACGGAAGUUCCUUCGUUGGAGGUGGCAGGUGGACAGUAUAGGCUCUGCUGGUGCUCAGCCAUGACCACGAUUACCAGCUCCCCGCCUUGCGCGUCAGCAGCAGAGUACCUGGUGGACUUCGGCAAGUUGGAUGUGAUUGGACCCUUCCCACUUCAGCAGGAGCAAACAUGUGUGAGUGGUCAAACGUGCGAGUUCUCGGUACAGGUUUGGCAAGGUUCACUGCAAGACAGCCUCCUGUUGCUGGACACUUGUGGCCUGGACAGCUCCAUUCCCAAGGUGCAGUCCACACGGGGACACUGUGGAAAAGCCUCCAUUGUGGGCACCGUCCCUCUACAAGAUUUCAUGGUCAUCGCUGAGACAGCUACUUCAAGUGCAGCUACGUGCCGUGCGCUUUGUGACGCACAUGUCGACUUUGCCAGCAACAUGUCAUGUGUUGCUGCCAUGUACAAAGACGCGCAAAGCAAUGUCACUAUCUCCUUGGAUGCCCAGAAAGUUGGCUUUUGCCAGCUCUACUCAAUAUGCUCAUUGGUAUCUGAUGAAUCUUCGGACUAUGUGGUGCUGACGCUGCAGCAGACGAGCAUGUUGCAGAAUUCGCCAUUACCUUCACAGCUCAGGUUCGGGAAUGUUUCGCUGAGCGCAGGAGCCCAGACGUCCGUGGUUACUUGGGGCGAGCUUGUCCUCACCGGUGCCGGUGGUACUUUCCGGAUCUGUUGGUGCGGCGAUGCCGGUCUCUGCCAAACUCCGUCGCACUUCAGACUCGACAUUGGCUCUUUCACUCUUGUUGGGCCGGUUCCCUUUGGCAGCCGCACGUGCGUGAACGGAGUCAUGUGUGUCGUGGAUGGAAUAUCGGGCGUAGGGCUGUCGGAUGGCGAUCUGUUUCUCGUGCAGGACACGUGUGCUACACCUGUAUGGGGUGGGCAGCUGCAAUUCCUGCCAGUCAACGCCACGGCAAUGAGCCGAACUGCAGUUUCCUCCUUCAAUGGUAGCUCUCAAAUCCUGCGCCUGCUUGGCGGUCAAUACAGAUUGUGUUGGUGUGCAGCAGGAUUCCUCUGUACUUCAAGCGGUGUGGACGUUGGUGAGCUGGUGGUGAGAGGCCCUGCUGCACAUCAGCAUCGCACCUGUGUUGCCGGGCAGCUUUGUGAGGUUCAAGGGUUACAAGGUCAGAGCUUGCUGGUGCAUGAUGGGCUGCUCGUGUUGCAAACCUGUUCAGAGCCUGGGGAGACACUGCCUGUUAUAUCAAGCUUCCCUGAUGCUGGUCGGCUGGUAGCAAUAACAGCUUCUUCCGAUGGUUCUUGGGCAUCAUCUCUCGUCGUGUCAGCUGCUGGUGGUGGCUACCGCUUGUGCUGGUGUGCAACGUUGGACUGUGUCUCUGAUGGUGCGCAGGCACACUUUGUCGAUGCGGGCACUUUGCACUUGCUUGGACCCAGCAUACUACACGUGGAGAAAACCUGUGUUUCCGGGCGCGCCUGCACCAUUCGAUACGCUGGCAACGACCUCUUCCAAACUGUGCAGGGCUUCAAUCUUGGAGAUCAUCUCCGAGUUCUGGAUACAUGUGGCGAGGCAUCCUUUAUUGCUGGUUUUGGUGAGGGAAGGGCAACCCAUGUUUCUGCAUCAGGUACGCUCUUCUCUUGGGGAAGCGAGAUUGUGUCAUCUGCAGCUGGCAGCUUCCGUCUUUGCUGGUGUGCCGCAGGCUUUGCUUGUGCAACAGCCGAGAGCUUUCAAGUUGAUGUCGGAAAGCUGUUGGUCCUUGGCCCUCCAUCGCUUGCCUUGGACCGUACGUGUGUCAGCGGUCAAACCUGCUCGUUCUCCUUGGAGCCGGACUUCGAAGAAAGCAGCGGUCAGAUCAUGUUGCUGAGCACUUGUGGACCAGAUCCUCUGCAAGCUGGUCUGCCUUUGCGCCCUGCCUUCGCCGGUCUGCCAGGGCAAGAGAUCAACUCGACCAACGAGACAAGUGGUUAUGCGGUGAUUCAUUGGGGCAUGCAGGAGUUCACUGGUCCAGGUGGCCAAUUCCGCAUUUGCUGGUGUGGUGCUGCCGACUGCGGCUUGCUUGAGAGCUUCCUGGUGGACAUGGGCUCCGUCUUGUUAAUCGGGCCUUCCCCGCUGACUCAGCGUCGAACUUGCGUUAGUGGACAUUCCUGCGCAAUUGAAGGCUUACAAGGGGAGCAUCUGUCGGUUCUUGAUCACAUCAUGCUGUUGGAUACCUGCGCAGUUGAGCAAGGCUCCGUCCAUUCGUUCUUACCAGAGGCAUAUAACUCGAGCGGUGGCCUCAGUAGCCAAUCCGGAAAGUGGAUCUUGGAUAAACUUGUUCUUGCCGGCGAUCAGUAUCGGAUUUGCUGGUGCGCUUCCGCAGGCUUGUGCUCAACAGCGACAGAUUUCAAGGUGGAUGCUGGAAGUCUGCUUGUUAUCGGCCCAUCGCUGGGCCAGGAGAUGACAUGCGUGAGUGGCGAGUUGUGCACUGGUUUUUACAUCCACGGGCAAGACUUGUCACAGAAUGACACAGUUCAAAUUCUCGACACAUGUGGCGUCGACAUGCUGUCCGCGGGUUUGCCAAACUCGAAUUUUGCGAUUUCUGUUGUGGGCACGUCUAUCCUCCUCGACUUCCAAGAGCCAGUCAUGGCCGCAGCUGGAACAUACCGUUUGUGCUGGUGCCAGCCGUUGCCCCAGGACUUUGCCAGCACUGCCACAUCCUGUGCCUUGCAUUCCCAGCAUGUCGUCGACUUUGGUCAAGUGACAGUGGUGGGGCCGGCGCAGCCGCAGCACCGCACUUGUGUAGCUGGCCAGCGCUGUGUUCUGGAAGGCCUGCACCUGGGGGCGGUCACAGCAACGCCACAGGACACAGUUGUGGUCCUCGAUACUUGUGCUCACAUCUCACCUGUUCCUGGCUGGCCGGAUGGUGGGGUGUUCUCAAGCCUUGAGGCAAGUGGUGCCAGGAUGAGCUUUGGUUCCGUAGCCAUUACGGCAGCAGCUGGGUACUACCGACUCUGCUGGUGCGCAGAAGGUCGGCCGUGCCGGCAUGGCGAGGAAUUCGUGACGAUUGGAGAGGUUUUCCUGGUUGGGCCGGCGCUGGAACAAGACAAAACAUGCUUAAGCGGACAGAUGUGCAACCUUGGGAGCAUUCAUGGUUUAGGGCUUGAUCCCUACAAAGUGCCCAGCGUGGCAGGCCUGCAGGUUUUGCAAGAUGCCACUGUUGGUCAGCACGAUGUAAAAGACUACUAUGCGGAAGUCUCGUACAACUAUGAAGCAGCAAACCCAUCGGCAGCCACAUGGACAACAAUUGCAACGUGCACUGCGGAACAGGAUACUACAUGGCAGAACUGUACAUGGUCUUCGAUCUCUGCACCUUUCUGGCGUUGGCGCAUCGUGCAAACUUGGGGGCUUAGCUCAGACCCCCCGAAGCCACGUGAAGUUCAGUUCCUCGACCCUGCUGGAGAUAUCGCAGCUUCCUAUGAAAGUUUCUCGCAGUGGGCCUCCGACUUCUCUCCAUCCUGGAUUGUGGCUGCGACGGGUACUCCACACCAAGAUCUGUCGGACCCUCUGAAUCCGAUAACCUAUGGACCCGAGAAUCUCAUGGAUGGAGACCUUUCUGAUGAUUCACGCUGGUGGCCGACUGGAAGCAGCACCGAAUGGUCUGUUGUAUUUGACUUGCGGCAGAGCGACAGCCUAGCUGUGCUGGAUACAUGUGGCGUUGUUUCCUCCUCUCACCUACGUGGCUCCGUAACGGCGCUGGCAAGUCCAGCAUCUUUCCCAACAUACGGAAGCACUCUAUUGACCAUUGCCGGUGGCCUGUAUAGGCUGUGCUGGUGCAGCCGUGGCUUCGACUGCAGCUUGCCCACUGCAUUUGCCGUUGAUGUCGGGGCCCUUUGGCUUUUGGGUCCGGAGCCUCUGUCGCAGCACCGGACAUGUGUCUCAGGUCAGCCCUGUGUCAUCGAGGAUAUCAGUGUGCAGGAGGCAUCAGGGGUGCUGCAAGUUCUGGACACAUGUGGCCAGGGCUUCUCAUACUCACACCUGUACGGCUGGUCGGGCACCUUUGCCCAGUGGAACGAGACCGGCUCUGUGCUCCCCAGACUUGUGCUGGACACAGGCACAGGGUUUUUGACAACAGCAGGCGGCGAAUUUCGGUUGUGUUGGUGCACAUCGCUUGCAACAUGUGAUCAUCCAGACGACAUGCGAGUGGACGUUGGUUCCUUCGUAGUUGUGGGUGUGAGCCCACUCACGCAGGAUCGCACUUGUGUCAGUGGUCAGACAUGCUCCUUUGACGGAAUCACUGGCCGUUACUUGACAUCAUCCGACCAGCUUCUUGUCCUUGAUACUUGUGGCCAAGCGGUGCCUUCCGAGUUUCUUCCGAGCAUCACUCUGGCUGUUGCGACUUCCGAUCCGACAGCAACGUGGCCUUACCAGACCCUUCGGGCAACCACGACACCAGAGAUUGUUAUUGGCCAAGGAGGACAGUACCGGAUUUGUUGGUGCGGUGGCGGAUUCAAGUGCACUUCAACACAAGACUACCGUACAGAUGUAGGUCGCUUCAGCAUCGUCGGGCCAUAUCAGCUGCAGUCUCGAACAUGUGUGAGUGGACAGCUAUGCAGUCUGGGCGGCAUUCAGGGCAAUCUUCUAUCAUCUUCAGACAGUUUGCUGGUGCUCGACACUUGCGGAAUUCAGGCAUCCGUACCUCGCCUUCCCGCCUCUGGACGCAUGGAGGUGUCGCUGACAUGCCAGUGUGCUGCAGCAACGGGUGACUCUGACAUGGAUGGCGUUUCAGACUGCUUGGAUGAGUGCCCUUUCGAUCCGAACAGGACUGUCGUAGGGGUUUGUGGGUGCGGUGUUGAUGAUGUGGACUCCGACCUCGAUGGCGUGCCUGACUGUCUUGACCAUUGUCCACAAGAUUCCAGCAAGUCCAAGUCAACAGGCCUUUGUGGGUGCAACGUGCCGGAGACAGAUUCCGAUUUGGACGGGCUUCCAGACUGCCUAGACCUAUGUCCUCUUGAUGCAAACAAGCAAAGACCUGGGAUCUGCCCUGGGAACGAGUGGCUGAAGAUGGAGAGCAUGGCAACGCACCAGUCCUCAACUCAACUAAGCAAAAUGUCCCAUCUGGCUGUGGAUGCAUCCACGAGUGCGAACUUCUACCAUGGCAGCUGCACCCUGACGACCGCCGAAAGCAACCCAUGGUGGUAUGUGGACCUGGGAUUUCAGUUUGACGUGGAAAUGGUGAGGGUUACGCCGCGCACCGACUGCUGCGACACCAGCCUCGUGGGCGUCGACAUAUGGGUGACUUCCAUUAGCCUCUUGCCCAGUGCCCUGACAUACAGCGAUGGGGUGUGGUGUGCAAGCAUCACGCAGCAGCCUGCUCUCCCAGCACUGGGCGAAGAGGCGCCUGUCAUUGACGUGUCGUGUCAGGCCCAGGGUCAAUUGAUCUGGCUGGUAUUGCCAAGCACCGCCGAGCUCUCAAUCUGUGAUGUCAAGGUCUUUGCUGAGCCAGCGGUAAGCAACUCCUCAAAGUUCCCCGGGAUCAGUGGCACACACUACGAGUCAACCAGCAAUUGCUUGGCCUCUGGUUUGGGCAGUGCCUGUGGUUGUGGACUCCUGGACACAGACACGGAUGGGGAUGGAGCUCCCGACUGCAUCGACCAGUGUCCAAACGAUCCUUUGAAGUCGCUUCUCGGGGUAUGCGGAUGCGGUGAACCCGAGGACGACAGCGAUGGGGAUGGCACGCUGGACUGCAUCGACCAAUGCCCCUUAGAUCCUUUGAAGACCAGGGCCGGCAUUUGUGGAUGUGGCGUGGCGGAAACCGACGAUGAUUCAGACGGCACUCCGAAUUGCAACGAUAACUGCCCUUGGUUACAGGACUCGCUUGGCCCAGGAAGCAUUCCCUGCGGCUUCAUUACUGGAUUGGACUCCGAUAACGAUGGUACACUCGACUACCAAGACCUAUGCCCUUAUGCAACUUGUCUUUGA